AUGACUCCCCUGUACUGGGCAGCUGAGAAUGGCCACCAUGAAACUGUAUCAGCUUUACUGGCAGCUGGUGCAAAUGUGAACAUACGGGACUGGGAGCUAAAGGCUCCCCUGCACCUGGCAGCUGAGAAUGGCCACCAUGAAACUGUAUCAGCUUUACUGGCAGCUGGUGCGGAUUUGAACAUACAGGACAGGCAGGAAAGGACUCUCCUACAGCUGGCAGCUGGGAAUGGCCACCAUGAAACUGUAUCAGCUUUACUGGCAGCUGGUGCAGACGUGAACACACGGGACAGUUGGGUAGGUAGAUUGACUGUUGUUGUACAUCUGAUGUUCCUGGAGUAA